GGAGCCCCAAAGAAGCAUGCAUGGAAUAUCAUUACAAGGAUUAGAAAGUAACGGCAGGAAAAAGAACGCAUCUGCAUUAUUUACAGAUCCAUUACAAGAGCAAGUAUUCUGAACACUGCUCAAAACUUUCCCCCUAAGAUCCAGAAAUGCAGAGACUUCAGGGAAAUAUGAGUGUGUGUCAGCAAACUAAGGCUCUCUUAUGUAAAAAUCUACUGAUCAAAUGGAGAACGAAAUUGCAGACCUUUCAGGAAUGGAUCCUGUCACUCCUAUUUCUCUUUGUGCUGUACUUGGUAUCUCUGUUCACAUUAAAUUACCGGCAUCCUGAAGUGCCUCUGGCUUUCCUGGGACGAUUAGAUGACCCUGCCUAUAAUGCUACUGGGAUUACAGUUGCUUAUACACCCAUGACAGACAGCACGAGACAAAUAAUGAAUAAAGUGGCUUCAGACUCUGUCAUGAUAGGUAUAAAAACAGAAGUGAUGGAAGAUGAAAAAGCGCUGGAGGCAGCAUGGCUUUUGAAUGAGGAAAUUGUAGGGGUUGUAUUUAACGAUGACUUCUCCUAUCGCCUCAGAUUUCCUCCCGGGAAUGUGAUUGCUCCAAAUGAGCAUUUUGGACAGAUAGAUUCUUGUUAUAACUUUUCAGAAUACUGUAACAGUCCAACAUAUUGGUACAGAGGAUUUCUAUCACUGCAAUCAAGCAUUGAUGCUGCUAUUAUAGAAAUGACGACAAAUCAUUCUGUCUGGGAAGAAAUGAAAUCGAUUAGUGGUAUCCGUAUGGGAUCAUCAUCUGUCAUACCAUCAAUUACCCUGGAAUAUGGUUUUAUCAUUUUUAUUCUUGCAAUGUGUUUCUCUCCAUUUAUGCACUUUAUGUCAAUCAGUCUUACAAGAGAAAAAAGGAAGCUCAAGGUGUUGAUGAAGACUAUGGGGUUACAGGAUGCAGCCUUCUGGUUAUCCUGGAGUUUGCUGUAUGCUGUUUGUGUUUUGAUUAUGGCCAGUCUGCUGACAGCUGUCACGAUUAAUGAAUAUUUCUACACAAGCAGCUUCUUUCCAGUAUUACUUCUGUUUUUCUUUUAUGGCAUAGCAUCUAUCCACUUCUAUUUCAUGCUCAGCUCCCUCUUAAAGAAGCCUAAAGUCACCAGCUCUGUUGGAAUCCUCCUCACCUUUUUCUCUACAUGUCUGAGCUUUAUUACAUUGGUGAAAAAACUUCCUGCACCCUUGGAAUGGGCUUUGGGUCUCCUCUGCCCCUUUGCCUUUAUUACUGGAAUCUCAAAGAUUUUACAUUUAGAAAAAUAUGGAAUAGGUUUCUAUUUUUCUAACAUUAUGGAGGAAUCAUAUGCUGUAUUUACAGCCUAUGUCAUACUGAUAUUUGACAGUGUUUUAUAUAUGCUCUUGGCGAUCUAUUUUGAUAAAGUUUUGCCUGACAAAUACGGUAUGAAAUAUCCCCCUUUGUUCUGCCUGAAGCCAUCAUACUGGUGUAAAAGCAAGAGAGGUUAUGCUGAUAAGAGACCCGAAACUGAACAAAACCAUGAACGUAUCUUCAAUGACAACAUGGAGCCAGUGCCUCCAGAGUUUGAUGGGAAGGAAGCCAUCAGACUCAACAAUAUUAAAAAAACAUAUAAAACAAAGAGCAAGAAAACAGAAGCUUUGAGAGGUUUGUUCUUAAAUAUUUAUGAAGGCCAGAUCACUGCGUUACUUGGUCAUAGUGGAGCUGGAAAAACUACUCUACUAAAUAUCCUCAGUGGACUUUCCCAGCCAUCAGAUGGUUGUGCAACUAUAUACAAGUACAAACUAUCAGAAAUAGAGGAUCUGGAAGAAAUUAGAGCAUUAUAUGGGGUUUGCCCACAAUUCAACGUUCAGUUUGAAGUUUUAACAGUAAAAGAAAAUCUGCGAGUUUUUGCUGAAAUCAAAGGGAUUCGGUCCGCUGAGGUAGAGUAUGAGGUGCAAAAAGUUUUGAAACUGAUGGAUAUUAUCAACAUUCAGGACACCCAAGCUAAUAAACUGAGUGGUGGACAAAAAAGAAAGUUGUCUCUUGGGAUAGCCAUGUUAGGAGAUCCACAGGUUUUGCUAUUAGAUGAGCCAACUGCUGGAUUGGAUCCCUGUUCCAGACACUAUGUGUGGACCCUACUGAAAGGACGUAGAGCUGGUCGAGUGACUCUAUUCAGUACCCAAUUCAUGGAUGAAGCUGAUAUCCUUGCUGACCGGAAAGCUUUUAUUUCACAUGGGAGAAUAAAGUGUGUUGGAUCUUCUCUGUUUUUGAAGAAAAAAUGGGGGAUUGGGUAUCACUUAAGGAUGCAUGUCAGUGAGGUUUGUGACUGUGAGAGCAUGAUAUCCCUGGUCAGACAGUACAUCCCUGAUGCCACAUUCACAGGACAGAGUGAAAAUGAACUGAGUUAUACACUGCCCUUAGAAAAUGUGGAUAAAUUUCCAGAUCUGUUCUGUGGUCUAGACAGCCACUCUGACCAGGGGAUUGUUAAUUAUGGCGUCAGCGUGACAACUCUGGAAGAUGUCUUCCUGAAGCUGGAGGGUGAAGCAGCAACUGAUCAAGAAGAUUAUGGUGUCUUCAGUGAGGAGCAGGCAGAAGAGGAAAGAGACGCCUUCUCUGCUGAUGAAAUGGAACAAGGUCUCCUGUCACUCUCAGACAUAGGAAAGGCGACUGUAAGUGGCACAGCCCUCUGGAGACAGCAAGUCUGUGCCAUGGCAAGAAUUCGCUUUUUAAAGCUGAAGCAUGAAGACAAAACCCUUAGAUCCAUAUUACUGCUGUGUGGACUUUUAAUACUACCUAUAGCUAUCCACUUAAUCAUACUUCACUUAUGGAAACAAUUAAAUUCUUGGGAGCUGUCCUCUGGUCUGUAUUUUUUUCCUCCUGGAAAACAAUCUCACAAGGAAGUCACAAGCCUUCUAGUCUUCAAUGAAACAGGUUCAAGCAUUCAGGACUUCAUCCACGCUCUCGAGACUCAGAACAUAAUGCUGGAAAUAGCAACAGGGAAAAAUAUCACAGAGAGGCUAAUACAUAAUGGGGCUAUACAAGUAUCCCGUGAGCACCAGAGCUACAGGUUCACAGUUAUGUGCAGCAUAGAAACAAUCAACUGCUUUCCAGUGCUUGUGAACAUCAUUAGCAAUGCAUUGCUGCGAACCUUAAAUUCCACUGCACAAAUUCGAAUCUGGAGUCAUCCAUUUUUUAAUGUGAAUCGUCCAGAAAUAUGGGAUUAUUUUAUUCAAAGCUAUCUUAUUUUUCUGCUGCUUUUACUUCCUGGUUUCCCACCCCACUUUGCAAUGAACAGCAUACAAGAUUAUAAGAUAAAAGCUCGUUCCCAGCUGCGGGUCUCUGGGCUCGUCCCUUCAGCCUACUGGUGUGGGCAGGCUCUGGUGGAUAUUCCCUUGUACUUGAUUCUUCUCUUCUCAAUGUUUGGAAUUCUCUUUGCACUGAGUCACAACAUUAUUAUGAGUGCCGGUGAAGCUCUUGCCCUGUUUACCGGUAUUAUUGGCUAUGGAGCAUCUAUGGUCCUGUUCGUAUAUUUAAUUGCCUUCACAUUUCGAAAGCGAUGCAACAGCUGUGAUUUUUGGUCUUUUAUCCUCAUAGUGGUAACACUGGUUGUCUUCAUUAUUAGUACCAUCACGUGGCUCACUUCCAGCGAGACAAUUUUCCAUUAUUGCUUCUCCAUUUUGAUUCCUGUGUAUCCAUUAACAGGUGUUAUGAUCAGGUCUAUACAGAUUUUUAUAGAAUAUGAUGUUUACGGUUCUAUUGGCAAUUGGGGAUUCAUACUCAUAUCUGUCUUUGCACCUUACCUCCACUGUGUAGUUUUCAUUUUUCUUCUUCGAUGGCUGGAGGUGAAAUAUGGAAGAGUGGUUAUGAGAGAGGAUCCAAUUUUUAGAAUUCCCCUGAGGAAAGAGAUCAGCCAUCAAAAUCCUGAAGAACCAGAAGAAGAAGAAGAUGAUGUGCAAGCUGAAAGGGCAAAAGUUAGGGAAGCAAUAGCUUCUGAAAAUCAGGAAGAGAAACCAAUUAUCAUUGUCAACGAUCUGCGCAAGGAAUAUAAAGACAAGAAAGCCAGCUCGGUUUUUAAGAAAAAGAAGAAAGUGGCCACUAAAAAUGUCUCUUUUUGUGUUAAAAAAGGAGAGGUAUUCGGACUACUGGGACCCAAUGGAGCUGGUAAAAGCACAACUAUCAAUAUGAUUACUGGAGAGACAACACUGACUGCUGGGCAGGUGCUGACAAAGGGGAAAGAUGCCACUGCCUCUCAACGGCGAGAGAGCCCAACUGGCUUUCUAGGCCACUGCCCUCAGGAGAACCCUCUCUGGCCUAACCUUACUGUGCAACAACAUCUGGAGGUUUAUGCAGCUGUGAAAGGGAUGAGGAAAGAAGACGCCGCUGUUACUAUCAAACGGAUAGCAAAGGCUCUGGAGCUUCAGGAUCAUGUCAAGAAAGUGACUAGAAAAUUAUCUGCUGGGGUAACUAGAAAGGUAUGUUUUGCACUGAGCAUGCUGGGUAAUCCGGCAGUUCUGCUUCUGGAUGAACCAUCAACUGGAAUGGACCCUAAAGGGCAAAGUCACAUGUGGAAAGCUAUUCGGGCUGCACUGAAAAACAAGGAGCAAGGAGCCAUCCUAACAACCCAUUACAUGGAGGAGGCUGAGGCAGUGUGUGAUCGAGUGGCCAUCAUGGUCUGUGGAAAGCUCCGGUGCAUUGGUGCUGUUCAGUACCUGAAAAGCAAGUUUGGCAAAGGUUACUUACUGGAAAUUAAAGUGAAGGACCCAGCGCAGGUUGAUUGCCUCCAUUUGGAGAUUCUGAGGAUCUUCCCACAUGCAGAUCGUCAGGAAAGGGUUUCCUCUUUGCUGGUUUACAAGAUACCAAUGCAAGAAGCACUGCCUUUGUCUCGGACGUUCUCCAAGCUAGAGGCAGCCAAACGAACCUUCGGCCUCGAGGAGUACAGCUUCUCUUUGAACACUUUGGAACAGGUGUUCUUAGAACUCUCCCGUGAGCAAGAAAUGGAUAAUUUUGAUAUGGCUUUGGAAGGAACUUUUGAGUGGAAAAGACUUCACCAGGAAGACCUUCUAGCUCACCCAGCUGGCAUCAAAACCACUGUGCGGAGAAACAAGGAGGGUGUUUCACUAUCUUCGCAGCCUUUUCCAAGUGUCCCAGGUUCCUUCUUCCACGCAGGCUUUUGUGAAGAAAUGCUUCCUAGACGUCAGCGAGAGAUCAGUGUGUGUCAACAAACUGGGGCCCUGCUAUUAAAGCAUAUACUGGUGAAAUGGAGGAAGAAAAAGCAGAGUUUACAGGAAUUGCUCCUCUCACUACUGAUGCCUCUCAUAUUGUAUAUGGAUAUUAUUAGUGGUUGGUACAGGAGAUACCCUGAACUACCUUCGGUUUACCUUGGGCCUGUCAAUUCGUUUAAUACGAACACAUAUGCAGUUCAGUAUACACCAGUGACGCAGACUACGAGACAAAUAAUGCAGCAUAUGGCUUCUGUUUCCUUUUUGAAGGAUAUUGUUGGAAACAACGCUGGAGAACAGACAGAGCUGGAAAGCACUGCUAUGACAUUCCAUGAUGUAAUAGAGGUUAACUUUAAUGAUGCUUUCUCUUAUGAGUUAGCUUCCCAUGCUUAUUCUUCAUUCCAUUUGCAAAGGGACAAUAUGGAUCAUCAUUCAGACAGCUGCUCUGGCUAUAUAUUUGAUGAGGACGUUGCUUGUCCUGUUAGUCAACGGUGGACUUCAGGAUUUGUUCCCCUGCAAGCAAACAUUGAUGCUGCUAUCAUUCAAGUUGCAUCAAACCACUCAGUGAUGGAAGAGCUGCAGUCAGUCACUGCUGAACAGAUGAGGCUACCUCCCUUUCGUGUUGUGAGAGGCAUUAACUAUGACUUUUUUCUUGUCUGCUGUGCAGUGGCACUCUCUCCUCUCAUAUACUUUAUGUCACUCAAUGUGGCAAAAGACAGGAGGAAGUUUAAGGAGCUGAUGAAGAUGAUGGCGCUCCAGGAUUUCGCCUUCUGGUUCUCCUGGGGUUUGCUGUAUGCAGGCUAUAUUUUAAUUGUGGCAAUUCUACUGACACUUAUCAUUAAAUCUGAAAAAUUUAUAUACCACACCAGCCAUUCCGUGAUAUUCUUCCUUUUUUACCUCUAUGGCAUCUCUUUGAUGUCAUUUGCUUUCUUACUAAGUUCUUUGUUGAAGAAACCUAAGCUCACUGGCAUAGUUGGGUUCCUCUUCACCCUGUCCUUUGGAAGUCUGGGCCUUGCGGUGUUGUAUAACCUUGUUCCUGAACCUUUGGAAUGGGUUUUAGGUCUCUUCAGUCCUUUUGCUUUCACGGCUGGAUUUGUGCAGAUUCUACAUUUAGAAGACGCUAUGAAAGGGGUGGAAUUUUCUGACUUUUUGGAAGACUCCUUCCCAAUGUUGGCAUUUUUUUUCCUGUUGGUUUUUGAUGCUCUUCUCUAUUUGAUGCUAGCCAUCUACUUUGACAAAGUUUUGCCUGAUAAAUAUGGGAUGCACCAUUCCCGUUUGUUCUUCCUGAAGCCAUCUUAUUGGUUUAAAAAAAGAAAAAGUUGUGUCAACAAUGAUAUCCUAGACUAUGAAGAAUACAGUGACCAGGUCUUUAAUGAUCAUGUUGAGCAAGUGCCUCCAGAAUUUCGUGGGAAAGAAGCCAUCAGUAUCAACAAUGUUAAAAAAACGUAUAAAGGGAAGGACAAGAUGGUGAAUGCUUUAAGAGGUUUGUUCCUUAAUGUCUAUGAAGGCCAGAUCACUGCAUUACUGGGUCACAGUGGAGCUGGGAAGAGUACGCUACUGAACAUCCUUAGUGGACUUUGCCCACCCUCAGAAGGCUCUGCCAUGAUAUAUAAAUACAAAGUGACUGAAAUGGAGGACUUGGAAGAAAUUAGGAAAAUAAUUGGCGUUUGCCCACAAUUUAACAUUCAGUUUGAAGUUUUAACAGUGAAAGAAAAUCUAAGGCUUUUUGCUAAGAUCAAAGGGAUUCGGCUAAAAGAGGUUGAACAAGAGGUCCAAAAAGUUUUGACUAUGUUGAAAAUAAAAGACAUCCAGGACUGCCAAGCUGGCAGCUUAAGCGGCGGAGAGAAAAGAAAGCUGACACUCGGAAUUGCCAUUUUAGGAGACCCACAGGUUUUGAUAUUAGAUGAGCCAACUGCUGGCUUGGAUAUCAGUUCCAGAUACCAUGUAUGGAGCCUAUUGAAGGAGCAUAAAGCUAACAGAGUAACCCUGUUCAGUACCCAGUUAACGGAUGAGGCUGAUAUUAUUGCUGACCGGAAAGCUUUCAUCUCCCAUGGGAGGCUGAAGUGUGUUGGCUCGUCUCUCUUUCUGAAGAGAAAAUGGGGAAUCGGUUAUCACUUAAGCCUGCACAUCAAUGACUCUUGUGAUUCUGCAAAAAUGACAUCUCUGGUCCAGCAGCAUAUUCCCAAUGCUAAGUUAUCUAGGCAGAGUCAUGAAGAACUGAUUUACAUGCUGCCCUUUGAAAAUGUGGAUAAGUUCCCUGAACUGUUCUGUGAUCUAGACACUCAUGUGUGCCAGGAGAUUCUGAGUUACGGCAUUUCCAUGACAACCCUGGCUGAUGUGUUCCUGACACUGGAAGAAGAAGCAGCAAUUGAUCAAGCAGAUUAUGGUGUCUUCAGUGAGGAGCAGGCAGAAGAGGAAAGAGACGCCUUCUCUGCUGAUGAAAUGGAACAAGGUCUCCUGUCACUCUCAGACAUAGGAAAGGCGACUGUAACUGGCACAGCCCUCUGGAGACAGCAAGUCUGUGCCCUGGCAAGAAUUCGCUUCUUAAAGCUAAAGCAUGAGAGUCAAACGAUUAGGUCCAUAUUACUGGUGUGUGGUCUUCUUAUACUGCCUUGCCUGAUCUCCAGGAUACUAAUUGAUAAAGGAACUGUUGCCCGUACGAUGAAGGUUUCACCUCAGAUGUAUUUUCUCCAACCUGGACAGCAGCACUACCGAACCCGUCACACCAGCUUAUUGGUCCUCAAUGAUACAGGUUCAGACAUUGAGGACUUCAUCCAUGCUGUGAAAAGUCAGAAUAUAAUGUUGGAAGUAGCUAAUGGGAAAAACAUCUCAGAUGGCCAAGAAUACAAUGGGGCUAUUAAAGUAUCACUUGUAGACAAGCAUUUCAGAUUUUCAAUGAUGUGCCAUGCCAAGAGAAUCAAUUGUUUUCCAGUGCUUAUGAACAUCAUUAGCAAUGCAUUACUAAGAAACUUAAAUUCCACUAGGCAUAUUCAAGUCACGACUAGGACACUCCCUAUGAUGUCAUCUGAGCACGAAAGGAGAUUACUUUGGUAUUCCAUUAUUUUCAUGUCUGUUUUAGCUUCUGGUUUUGCACCUCACUUUGCAAUGAGCAGCAUAGGUGAUUACAAGAUAAAAGCUCACUCCCAGCUGUGGACUUCAGGCAUGCUCCCUUCAGCAUAUUGGUGUGGCCAGGCUCUGGUGGACAUUCCUCUCUGCUGGGUUCUUCUCUUCACAAUGACUGGGAUUAUGUUUUUAAUUAGUUAUGAACAUAGUCUGACUCCUGAAAUAUUAGCCUUACCUUUGGUUGUGUCUAUAUUUGGCUAUGCAGCAUCCAUUGUCGUCCUCACUUACGUGAUCUCUUUUGCUUUUCGCAAAAGGAAAAGCUACAGUGACCUUUGGUCUUUUAUCUUUAUAUUUGUUUCUUUCGUGCUUAAUGGAAUUAAUGAUAUAACCUAUAUGGACUUCAUCACAACCAUCCUCACUGCCUUGAUUCCUUUCUAUACGUUAGCUGGCUGUAUAAGAAUAUUUGCACAGGUGUCAUCAGAACAUGCAUUUGCCCCCUGGGAAGAAGAUGAAGAAAUGAGCAGAUUACACUUGCUAGCUAGCCUGGCACCGUACCUGCACUGUAUUAUUUUGAUUUUCAUUCUGCGAUGUCUGGAGUGGAAAUAUGGAAGAAAAACUAUGAGAGAGGAUCCAAUCUUCAGAAUUUCUCCAAGGAAAGAGAUCUUCCGCCAAAACCCUGAAGAGUCUGAAGAGGAAGAUGAAGAUGUUCAAGCUGAAAGAAUGAAAGCCGGGAGCGUGAUGACCUGUCAGAACCAGGAAGAGCGACCAAUCCUUACCGUCAACAGUCUACGCAAGGAAUACAAAGACAAGAAGGUCAGCUCCAUUUUUAAGAAAAGGAAGAAAGUUGCCGCAAGAAAUGUCUCCUUUUGCGUUCAAAAAGGUGAGGUUUUCGGGCUACUUGGACCCAAUGGGGCUGGCAAAAGCACAACUCUAAAGGUGAUCAUUGGAGACACGUCCCUAACUGCUGGACAGGUGGUGAUGAAGGGGGCAGCUGCAGCUGCUUCUCAGCCAGAAGAAGACACAACCGACUUUCUAGGGUACUGCCCUCAGGAGAACCCUCUCUGGCCAAAUCUUACUGUUCAGGAACAUCUGGAGGUUUAUGCUGCUGUGAAAGGGAUGAGGAAAGAAGAUGCUGCUGUUACUAUCAAACGGGUAGUGAAUGCUCUGAAACUUCAGGAGCAUCUUCAAAAACCAGCCAAGAAACUACCGGCAGGAAUAAGCAGAAAGGUGUGUUUUGCACUGAGCAUGCUGGGCAAGCCAACGCUGAUGCUUUUGGACGAACUGUCAACUGGAAUGGACCCCAUGGGGCAACAUCAUGUGUGGACAGCUGUUCGUGCUGCAUUGAAAAAUAAGAAACAAGGAGUCAUCUUGACAACCCAUUACAUGAAGGAGGCUGAGGCACUGUGUGACCGAGUGGCCAUCAUGGUGUCUGGGAAGCUCCACUGUAUUGGCUCCAUUCAGUACCUGAAAAGCAAGUUUGGCAAAGGUUACUUGCUGGAAAUUAAAGUGAAGGACCCAGAACAAGUUGAUCUCAUCCAUGCAGAGAUUACACGAAUCUUCCCACUUGCAGCACGUCAGGAACGGUAUUCCUCUUUGAUGGUCUAUAAGAUACCAAUGGAAAAUGUACAGUCUCUGUCCCAGGCCUUUUUUAAUUUGGAGGCAGCUAAACGUACCUUCGACCUGGAGGAAUACAGCCUUUCCCAGUCCACUUUGGAACAGGUGUUCUUAGAGCUUUCAAGAGAGCAGGAGAAAGAGGAUUUUGAUAUGAAUCUGGAUAGUACAGCAGAAUGGAAACUCCUUCAACACGAUGAUCAUUAAAGCUCAGUACCACAGUCCUAUAUCUCUGCUACAAACAAUAUCUGCAUGUACAACUACAUACUACGUUAUACCCAGUACUAACAAUGUAUUAUGCUAAUGUCAAGAGAGGAAAGUUCAGCCAGUCAUCAUGAAAACUAUUUUGUAAUUACUUCCAUUUGGCUAUGGCCAGAUUUCCUUUUGAAGCAGAGAAAAUGUUCUGAGACAUGGGGCUGCGUUAGAAAAUUGGCCAAGGACCGAAAAUGGGGUUGGCCGCCAAUAACAGAAGAUGAGGGAGCUCACGGGCAAAAUCAGUCCAAUUUCAAUACAUCUCUAGUUGUAAAUAUGAUAAAAGCAGAACUGAAUCUUAAAAAGCCACCUGCUCAGAGAUUUGAACUGAUAUCACAUUUGUGACACAAAUCACGCAAAACACAUUACAGGGUUUUCAAUUAGAUACUGGUGGUGAAGUGAGUCUAUCGGGGUGGCCAACCUGAGCCUGAGAAGGAGCCAGAAUUUAUCAAUGUACAUUGUCAAAGAGCCACAGUAAUACAUCAGCAGCCCCCAUCAGCUCCCCGCACACCGCUCCCAGCACCUCC